CACCAGUAGCUAGAUGGCGUGAAGGCUGUUGGCUGUUGAGUCUGCGCGCGCGCCUCACCUUCACCCCCCCUCCCUCCUCCACAAGAGCUCCGCACACACACAAACGCGCGCUCACGCACACACGCGCACCCGCGCGCGCACACACACCAACCAGCACACACACCUAAAAAUCCCUCCAGCAAAAGCGCCUCGAUGAGCUCCACACACUCCCGCCAUGGACUGUACGAUUAAGGAAGCUCUGUCGGUGGUGAGUGAGGAUCAGUCUAUAUUUGAUCCAGGGUUCUCCGGUGCUCAGGCCGGGCACAUGAAGGGGGAGGUGGCGUCGCCGCAGCCCGUCUACAGGCAGGGCUCAGAGGAGAGCACCGAGUCCACCGAGCCGGACUGGACCUCCAACCCGAGCAAAAGAGUCGACCACGUCAACGGAGCCAGUCGGGAGUCGCCGGUGGAGUGUAGCGCCGCUAAACGGAGUCGCCACAUCAGCAGCAGUGAUGGAAGCCAACUGGGGUAUCAGUCCUCGUACCCGGAGCCCCGGACCAGCCCCCAGGCCCCCACGCCCCCCAGCAACACCACAGACGAGAAACGAGUUAUAGUCCCAGCAGACCCGGAGGUGUGGACGCAGGACCACGUGCGGCAGUGGGUGGAGUGGGCGAUUAAGGAGUACGGGCUGGUGGAGGUGGACGUGUCCCUGUUCCUCCCAUUGGACGGUAAAGCUCUCUGCAAGAUGAGCAAAGAGGACAUGAUGAGACUAACGUCUUCUUACAACACCGAUAUCCUCCUCUCACACCUCAACUACCUCCGCCAGAGUAGCCCCACCUUCUCCUAUCCCACAACCCCAACCAACACACAGCCACAGCCCAGACUACAGGUCAAAGCUGAAAACAACUUUGAGGAGAUCAGCAGAAGGAACAGUUGGCCUUCAGGGCCAUUGCCUGCAGUUCCCAAAGGUUCUCCAGUGGAGCAGCAGCACAACAGCAGGAUUACAGAACCCUCACAGAGACCCAAUCAAGACCCCUACCAAGCAUUAGGCCCAAUCAGCAGCCGGCUGGCAAACCCUGGUUCCGGUCAGAUCCAGCUGUGGCAGUUCCUGCUCGAGCUGCUCUCGGACAGCGGCAACGCGAACAUCAUCACGUGGGAGGGAACCAACGGCGAGUUCAAGAUGACGGACCCAGACGAGGUGGCGAAGCGCUGGGGCGAACGCAAGAGCAAACCCAACAUGAACUACGACAAGCUGAGCCGUGCGCUGCGCUACUACUACGACAAGAACAUCAUGACCAAAGUCCACGGCAAGCGCUACGCCUACAAGUUCGACUUCCACGGCAUCUCGCAGGCGCACCAGAGCCACCCGACCGAAGGCCCCAUGAUGAAGUUCCAGGGGGAGGGGUCGUACGCUCAGGCCUACCACAGCCACCAGCCUAAAGUGAACUUCAUGGCCACUCACCCCACCACCAUGCCAGUCUCCUCCAGCAACUUUUUCGGCCCCCCUUCCACCUACUGGAACUCCACUGGCGUGGUGUACCCCAACUCCCCGAUGCCGCGGCACCCGGGGACGCAUGCGCAUUUGAACGCUUACUACUAAAAAAAAAAAAAAGAGCAGAGCACGACUAGCCUGUAACACGCCCUGCAGUUUUUACCAGCACAUCCCAACAGAUCAGGUGUAUUACACUGCAUUCACAUUACAGGGUUUACAUCAGUUAAAUUUAGAGCCAAAAUGUGAUAUGUUUUAUUAGAGCUGUGUGAACACAACUGUUGUGCUUUUCUCAAAUCAGAUUUAAACCACUUAACCUGAAACAAAAGGUUAAUCAAAAAAAAUUGACAGUAAAAAUUGUCAGUAAAAGAUGCUUGGUAUCUGAUGUUUUACAACAGACGAUGCUAAGCUUGCUAAGCUAACAUUGCUAACAAACCUUGGGCUCAUGCUGCAUUCAUGUGAUAUCGAAAUGAUGGUAAAUGUGGCAAAUCGUGAUCCAGAGUUCAAGAUGACGUUCAAUCAUAGAAUAGUGGAACAGAAGAGUAUUGGAGGGAUUAUUAAAAACUUCAUUUUAAAACAGCAAGACUUCUGUUAACAGUUGUUUGCGCACAAUACAUUAAUCUAUAAUUAUAUGAAGGGAUUAAUUUGAUUUGUGUACAUUUAAUUCGAUAUAAUUAUUGGCUCUAUCCAUAGUAAACUGACUACUCUGCUAGCGGAAUGCUAGUUAUUAGCUUUACAAUAGAUGUUAAAUAAACUUUCGUUUGCCGUUUUUUCCCUUAUUGCUCUAAAAAAAAAGCACUUGAACAUGACACACUCGUAAUUCUGACUCAACAAGUAUGAUGUAGCAUCUUCUACCUAAUGUAUGACUGCAGCACACAUCUAGUGUUUGUUAGCUAUGUUAGCCUAGCAACUCCUUCUCUGAACUUAAGAAACAGAACGUCUAAUACCAAACAUGUUUUGGCUAAUCGAUUGAAUCUGGAGUAAACUAAACUAAACUAAACUAAAUUAUUUCCUUAAGACCCACAUACAAGCAAACAAUCCAAAUAAAGAACCAGUUUUGACUGUUUAAACCAACGCCUACGUUCACAUUAGAACCCGUAUUCCUUAAUUCACAUUAUUUCCAGAGAUCUGACCUGUAUACCUGGAUAGUUCACAUUUUAACUAAAUCUGUAUUUAGUAUUUUUACACGCCAAAAUUGGACACAGCAGUGUGUAUAGUAUUCAUGUAAUGUUACCCCAGGAGAUGGCUUGGGAACGCCCACAUUUGUAUAAAGUUGUGAGGUGUUAUCUUAUGAGUGAGGCUGACCGAACACUGGCUAGUAUGCUCGUGGUAAGGCGAGUUAUGAAUUAUUGGAGUUCAGUGGGGGGUAAUGAUGGUGACCGGUGGCUUCUGGUUACAAUUAUCCAUGUGAACAGACAAGUCAAAAAAAGAAAUCAGAUUUUUUGUGUUCACACAGCAUAAAAAAGUACCAAAAGUCCAUCAUACUGAAGCAAGAACAGAACUGUGCCACAUAGAGGUCAAGUUUUAUAAAUGUAGAACUUAGACUGUGUUCACGAAAUAAAUACGAUGAUACAAAUUCCACAGUAAUAUUGAUAUCACGAUACUGUGAUACUCAAUAAAUGUAUAUAUAAUAUCACAUUGCAAUUCUCUAUGAUAUUUCAAAGCGUCUGUGUUACUGCAGAUGAUAAAAAACUCCUAAAUAAUUGAAUACCAGCAUUUAUGAAUUUAUUUGUGUUUCAGUGUCACAGAAUUUAUCAACCACUAUUGUUACCACAGGUUUAUUAACCCUAUUCAUUUGAUUAUAGCGCCAUCAUGUGGAGGAAUGAAGCAGUAAUUUUAGUAAGACUAAUUGGGGGGCAAGUCUUUGGAAGAUUAGAGCGUCUACGUUUCAAUAAAAAUAUUAAUAUUUAACGCAACGUAUCGAUUAUGUAUCGCAAACAAAAUCGAUGAUAUAUCUAAAAGAAAAAAGUUACGAUUUAAAGUAGUAAUGUGAACGCAGCCUCAAACCUUAUCUGUUGGAUGAUUUUUUUUUGGCACAGUCAAACAUAAAUAUUAAAUAAAUAAAAAUAUAUUAAUACAGUACUUCCAACAUCAGACAAGUUUAUCUCACGUGUAGCAGUUACUCACCAGAUCCUCCCCGUCCACAUUACAACUGUACAGCACAUUUGCAGAGCCAACACAUGUACAAUGAUUGGGUUCAAGUGUAAAUAUAUAUAUUUUUUACCUGUUUUGUAUAAAAGGGCAUUUCCAAAUUCCAAGCCCAGGUGAAAUUUUCUGUAUUAUUGUUUUUUUGUAACGCAAAUGGCUUUGUACAGAUUUUCCUAAGACAAGUAACCUCACUCUUAUGUAUCAUUUUUUUCUAAAAUCAAAUAAACAUAUAUCUCACUAUUAAUUAA